AUUGCCUCAAAAAGCUCCAGCUCCUCGUGAUGUGCCUUAAUAGUCUGGGCACAGUGACAUGAGCCAAUCGGAGCCCUUGAAGCAAGAGGAACAGGGAAUAUAUGGGACCGGGCUGUCAGAGUCUGGGGACUCGAGCGUCGAGACCUCUGAAUUGACUGGUUGCCGAGCACAUGGGGUUAUGCUGCACCAACACCUGCAGAAUCUCCCAGCACCAAUUGUUGGAACAAAAGGGCGUCUUCACGCGCGACACCCUUGGAUUGGACGCGCCAGGUCGUCAUUCGCACUGCUGGUGGACGCUUCAUUCAUUCAUACAAGACUUAGUAAAUUCAAUGGCACUGGCAACCUGGCGAUUUUCGCGUUGCCUUUGCGCAUGUUAUUGGCCUCACUUGCCUGCGCAGCGAUGGAUGGGUAUAAGUUGAACCUCGGCGACGAAGCCUCGAUGGCUUCCAAUACCCUCGAUAAGCUCGCUCGAUCCGCGCCACCGAUCUGCUCGACUAUCUAACUGCGUCACGAUGUCCUUCGAAACAUUCUCUUCCAGCCCUUCCCCCUCGAAUCAGCCAGGCGCGAUUGAGCCCGUUGAGUUCUCGUCGUCGCCACCUGUUUCGUCUCCAGGAACCUCCUUGCCAACGACGCCAUCGCCCCGUCCUCGCGGGACUGCCGCCGACUUUAUUAAGGUCGAUUGGACACUCUGGGGCCACCAAGAGUGGGCGAAGUGGCCUGGAUUCGAGCGCUAUACCGGCGGCCAAGACACGAGGGCUUGGUGGCAGCAAUAUGGGUACCGCGUUGAGGACCAUUCCUCCUUGCGGCAGGGCAAUAAGUUGAAGUGGAUCUGCGCGGACUGCUUCGCCCGAGACUUUAAGAAGAAGUCAGACUUCUGGUUUGUCUGCUCGACAGGAGUCUCUGUCAAGAAUGUUGAAAUGAGAAGAUUCGUGUUGCUUAAUUCAUCCUAA